AUGUUAGAAAAAGCUCCAAAAAAUAAUAAAAUAAUUUCUCAUGAUAUUCAGAAAGAUAUUGUGACUGCGUGUAAGAUUGAAACAAUCAAAGCUGUAAUAAAGGAUUUAGAUGGUGACUACUUUGCUUUGUUGGUUGAUGAAUCAAGAGACGUAUCACGUAAAGAGCAAAUGGCUAUUUUCUUACGAUAUGUUGAUAAAAAGGGAUUUGUGAUGGAAGCAUUCAUUGUACUUGUUCAUGUUAAAGAUAUUAGUGUUUUAUCUUUAAAGAAAGCAAUUGUGGAUAUACUUUCUCACCAUUCUUUAACUUUAGCUUAUGUACGAGGGCAAUAUUAUGAUUGGGCAAGAAAUAUGCAAGUUUCUAAAAGGUGUGUUCAAGUAGAAGAACUUGGAUUAUUGAUUUCAAAUAUUUUGAAUGUGUUGGGGGAUUCCAUCAAAUGUGUGGAUGAAUUUCGAGAUUCUCAAAAAGAAAAACUCCAAGAGGCAUUAGAUAUGGGUGAGCUAAAAAUGGGUAGAGGUUUGAAUCAAGAACUUGGUCUUAUUAAAGCCGGUAACACUCAUCGGGGAUCUCACUACAAGUCGUUUGGAAACUUUAUUAGUAACUUUUCCUCCAUUAUUGAUGUACUUGAUUCUCUUGUUAAAAAUGCAAGUACUUCGGAAGAAAAAGCUAGCGCAUUGGGAUUUCUAAGAAGUUGCCAAGCUUUUGAGACUUUUUUCUUGUUGCAUUUGAUGACUAAUGUUUUAGGAAUCACAAAUGAUCUUAAUGUGUCAUUACAGAAAAAAGAACAGGAUAUUGUUAAUGCCAUAAUUCUUGUAAAAGUAGCAAAGAGAAGAUUGCAAGCAUUACGAGAUAAUGAAUGA